AUGGAAGGUCUCAGACACAGACGACGCUCAGAUUACGUAUAUUUCCUCUCCUACCGUACUCGCUGGAGCGAUAAUGAUCAAUAUGCACAUAUCAACAAUUCUGUGUACUAUCAUCUGUUCGACUCCAUCAUCAACACGUAUCUGAUUUCUCACUGCCAUCUCUCUCCGACGGAGGCAUCAAGCAUCGGUCUGGUUGUGUCCUCAUUUUGCCAUUUCUUUGCGCCUUUGUCCUUUCCUACUGUGGUGGAGCUCGGCUUAAGGGUAAACAAACUUGGAACGAGCUCGGUGACAUACGAAGUAGGCGUCUUCGAGGAGAAUGAAGAAAUCCCCAGCGCAGUCGGCGGAUAUACGCACGUAUUUGUAGAGAGUCGCAGCAGAAAGAGCAUACCUAUGAGCCAAACACUACGAGAGGGCCUGGCAAAGAUAUUGUCCGGCAAGGCGGACGCGAGAUUGUGA